AUGAAACCCAUUAGUACAUUUGGUUGUGCUUUAUUAGCUGCUAUUGUGAAUGCUGCUUAUACCUCGGUGUUCGACGCCCUCUGGACGUCAAUUGGUGCCGAGGGAAACGAUUAUGAUCUUACACAUUUAUAUGACGAUUGCGUGAACGACGUGAACGGACCGUGGAACUCACCAACGGCGGCAGGCAUUGCUGCCACCGGUCUUGUUGUUGGUGGUCGCCUAGGUUGGUUGGCGUACAGGAAAUGGAAUAGUUUCGGCAAGGAAACUGAAGAUGCGGACCAGGACCAAGAAACAGACAAGAGGAACACCCAAACCCAGGUGUCUCUAGAACAUCUGGGACAACCGCAACCUGACCACGAACCAGAUGUGGAGGAACACCAGGAAACCGAGAAAAGGAACGUCGAAACCCAGGUGUGUCUAGAACAUCUGGGUCAAGUGCAAUAUGACAAUGAACCAGGCGAUGACAUAGAAAAUUCCAAAUUGGCAGACAUCUUGCAUCUUCAAGAGGAACUGCUUGAGGAAAAGAAGCAGUUAGAGGAAGAACUGAGAGAUGCUGCCAGUCAAAGAAACAGGAUAGAGGAAUGUCUGGAAGAAACACAAGAAGAAGUCCUGGUUCUGAAGGACGAAAUGAUGGCAAUGGAAUAUGAAAACGAGCUGAGUUUACGACAGAAAGAAACUGAAAUUGCGGCUGCCAAAGACGCCUUGGAGGUGGCUUUAGACCAGCAGUGCAAAACAAAUAACCUCUUAAAAGAGGCAGAGGCCCAGAACGAGGCUUUGCAACGUCGCCUUGUGGAAAAAGACGAGUUGAUAAAGCAGAAAAAAGACGAACUGGGACGGAAAAAUGAAGUCGAAGGCAGGGUGACAGAAGAAAGCGAGAGACUGAAAGCUGCUCUUCGACAGCAGAUGCAAGAAGUCUCAAGAAAGGAAGAAGAGCUGAACGCGCGCUUGAGAGAAGUCACUCAGAAAGAAAAAGGCUUCGAUUUUUACAUGAAAAAUGCUAAGAAGGAUCUGGAACAGAGAGAGAAAAAUCUCUCCCAAAAAGGAAAGGAGCUGGACAAAAAGUUCUCCAAUUUACAACAGGCGAAGAAGGACAUCAAAAGGGAAGAGAAGAAAGCAGAAAAGGCAGGGCAAUCAGCUCUGGAGAAGGAAAAUGUCCUACUGAAAUUGGAGAAUGAGUUGAAGACGAGGGAAAGAGCUCUCCUCAAUAAAGAAAAGAACCUCCUUCAAUUAGAAGAAAAGUUGCGAGGUAAAGAAGAAGCUGUCCUCACAUUGAAAAAUAAUGUUAUGAAGCUCGAUGAAGAGUUGCAAGCCAAAGAAGAGGCUGUCAUCGAAACUCAGAAUAAUCUGUUGAGAUUCGAUGAGAAACUACAGGCGAGAAAAGAUGAACUGGUGGCAAAAGAAGAAUCCAUCAGCCACCAAGAAUCUGUUCUGAUGGAAUUCGAUCAGAAAUUACAGGCAAGAGAAGAAGAACUGGUGGCAAAGGAAGAGUCCGCCCGCCAGCAAGAAUCUGUUCUAAUUGAAUUCGAUCAGAAAUUAAAGGAAAGAGAAGAAGAACUGGUGGCCAAGGAAGAGUCCAUCCGCCACCAGGAAUCUGUUCUGAUGGAAUUCGAUCAGAAAUUAAAGGAAAGAGAACAAGAACUGUUGGGGAAAGAAGAGUCCGUCUGUCACCCAGAAAUAGAAGAGGACUUACAAGGGCAAAGGCUCCCUCAAAGCGGGGCAAGUCCAGUGUUAGACGAUAGGUUACCCGAAGGUGAACCCAAAGAAAGUUGUGAGACACCCCCAGUCAAUGAGGACAAAAUUCUACCUGCUGGGGAAGAAGAAAAAACCGAAGUCACCGAACUCUCAAUUGCCGAUCCCCACACUUCACUGAAUGAAGUGGAGAAUAUUAAGGAAGAAUGCUUCAAAGAGAGAAAGGGGAAAGGAAGGAAAAAUAGACGCAGAAAGAGGCAGGAGAGACAGCAAGAGCGUCUUGAGGAGAAUAGUCCAGUGUUAGAGGAUGGGUUACCAGAAGAAGGUGAACCCAAAGAAAGUUGUGUGCCUACUUCACUGAAUGAAGUGGAGAAUGUGAAAGAAGAAGGCUUCAGAGAGAAGAAAGGGAAAGGAAGGAAAAAUAGACGCAGAAAGAGGCAGGAGAGACAGCAAGAGCGUUUUGAGAAGAAAAGUCCAGUGUUAGAUGAUGGGUUACCCAAAGGUAAACCCAAAGAAAGUUGUGAGACACCCUCAGUCGAUGAGGACAGAAUUCUGCCUACUUCACUGAAUGAAGUGGAGAAAGUGAAACAAGAAGGCUUCAGAGAGAGGAAAGGGAAAGGAAGGAAAAAUAGAAACAGAAAGAGGCAGGAGAGACAGCAAGAGCGUCUUGCGAAGGAAAACACCAUUGUUUCAGAAGCAACCGCCAGACCUGAAGUGGAAGACGGUGAACCUGAAGAAGGAGGAUCUGGAAGUCCAAACCUUUCAGAUGAGGAUGCAUCACUACCUGCUGGGAAGGUCGACGUGGGAAUGGCCCAACUAUCCAUUGCCAAUCCCAUCAACAUCAUCUAUGAUGUGGAACAAUUGGAAGAAGAAUGGAUAGAAGAGGAGAAGAAAGGAAAACGGAGAAACAGAAGGAGAAAGAGGCAGCGAGACCAGAGUGAAGAUUAUGCGCCUGUGAACAGUGAACCUGAAUCAGGAGUUGAAGAAAAUUCAAUAAUAGAGGACACUGUAGAAAUGGAAGACAACAACGAAUCACAUGAUGACAGCGAAGAAUCACAGUAUUGGGAAGACUCAGAAGAUGGGGAGUUCUCAGAAGAGCAAGAUGAGGAGGACGAGGAUGACUCAGAAGUAGAGGAUGAGGAGGACUCUGAAGAGGAUGAGGAGGACUCUGAAGAGGAUGCAGAGGAUGAGGAGGACUCUGAAGAGGAAGAGGAGGACUCUGAAGAGGAUGAGGAGGACUCUGAACAAGAUGAGGAGGACUUUGAAGACGAUGAGGAGGCUGUGAAGGAAUCAGAUCAAGAAGAAGAGGAAGUGGAUGAGAACUCAGAACAUAAGAGGCCUAAAGUUAAAGCUAAAGCUAAAACUCAGGCUCAAGAGUAUGUAUGGCGGAUUCCAGGGUUACCCAGGAAACGAAUUCCGGGACUACAGAAGAUGAGGCCGCCAAAUCCGCAAGCGAAAAAAUGCCGCAAGAAGACGAAGGAGCAAAAGAGCCAAAUGAAACAGGCUCGAAAAAAACAAGUCCAUCAAAAGGUUACAAGGAAUCAGUUCCAGCGAGGAGGAAACAGAUGGUGA